AUGCAGUCCUUCUUGAAACUUGCCCUCGUGGGCAUUCUCGCAUCUGCUGCGGAUGCACGCCGAUGCAAGCAUCGCCAUUCUCACCAUAGCGCACCAACAGCAGUCCCAACUGCUGGAUCGUUGACGACGAUCGAUGUCGAGACACCAACAGCCGGUCUGCCUUCUUCGUCGGCCGAAGCAAUUCCGACCACGGCUUCUUCGUCGGUUGUUGUCAUUCCCACGGUAGAAUCGUCUCUCGCCAGCGAGUCGUCCGUUCAGGAACCCACGUCUGUCGUCGAGCCUACGUCCGCACAGGAGCCGACCUCCGUUCAGGUGUCCACCUCAGUUCAGGAAACUACUUCCGUUGAGGAGCCUACGUCUGUCCAGGCUCCCACAUCUGUUCAGGAACCCACCACCAGUUCGGCAUCGUCGAUCACCGAGCCAAGCUCCUCAUCAGUUGCGGUCGAGCCCUCUUCCGCCUCGUCGACUGUGCCGUCUUCCACUCCUGUGGUAAACGCCCCUGCGUCAGCAGACAUGUGCGCCGAUGACCAAAAGACCCUCCUCGAUGAAUGGGGGCUUCUGGUUUCAAACGGCCGGGUCGUUGAGUCGACCGUGGAGGGUACCGUUUGCACUACCUAUAACAACGUAGUGACGCUUGCCGAUGGACAAGUGGCAGUUGAAUUCACCGCCGACGCCAACCUUGUCUUUGAUGAAGCAACGAUGAAUGACAACAAAUAUUACUCCAACAUGGCCGUGACCAAGAAUGUGGACGAGAAGCUUGGUGACAUUGCGUCAAUCCCCUCCUCGUACACUUGGUCCAGGACCAACACAUCUGACUUCAGAGGAAAUGUCUGCUUCGACCUGGUCUUAGCCCCUGACGCGCAUGACUGGACAUCAGCAGCAACAAAGGAGGUCCAGAUGUGGUUGCACUGGCAGGGCGACCAGCUACCCCUUGCAUGGUACAAUGGCACCAAGGCAACCUUCAACCUUUGGGGCCAGAGCUGGGACAUGUAUCAGGGGGUCAACUACAACCUUGCCGGUGGCCAGGGCGUUGAACUGACCACCAUCUUACCGACGAAUGGGGAUCUAGGUGCGUCGGGCACGUGGUCCGGCGAUAUCAAGGACUGGCUCGUAGAGAUGGUUAGCCAAGGCGUUUUCACGAACGACUACUACGUCAACGUGGCCAAUGCGGGAACCGAGCAGUUCUACGGCGACUCGAUCCUCAAGUCUACUGUGUCUAUGCAGAUCAACCUCAACUAG